GCGAGGUGUCGGUGGAGAGACCGAAGAGGACGGAGGCUGACGGGUCACCGAUGCUGCUGCUGCUGCAGGAAAUUUUGCUCUCCAGAAAUACCGAAAGGCAAUUAAGUUUAGUUCAGGAUGCGUCCGUGAAAAUCCACCGACUGUCCUCAAAGGAGUUAAAAUCACACCUUCUGAUAUAAGCUUCGCUAUUUUUCUAUUCCUGGAGAGCUUAAUGCGCCUCGUUUCCAAACAUGAUCGGGAGAGGACUGUUCGUUUUGACAAUACUGUCAGGCUGUGUUCUGUCAUUGCCAGUGACUCCAAGUCAGCUGGAGAAUGAGGACGUAAAGGUGAUGAAGUGUAUUGUGGAGGCGUUGGCUGAUGUGCUAUCAAGGCCCCGCCCCGUGCCCGUCAGUCAGGAGUGUUUGGUCACACUGAAGACAGACGACAGGCUUGUUUCUAUCCUUCGCCAUCACAACUUUCUGAAGGAACUGCAGGAGAUCGCCGUUCAAGGUGGUCAGGAGAGAGCUCAGCUGCAGAGAGAUGCUGGUACACCUGAACCAACCACACAAACUCUGCAGACUGCGGACGAUGUUGCUGAUCGAUCCAUGUUGGAGGCUUUAGGAGGCCCAGGUGAACGAUCCAUCCUGUCCCAGAAGAAGAGGAAAGUAAAUGGAGACGGAGAGGAAGAAAAGAAGGACAACCUGGGAGAUGGAGAGUCACAGGAGGACAAUGAUGUCACUCAAGAGGUGAAAGAGAAGAGGGAGAAUGACAAGAGCCCUGGAAGUCAUGUCUCUGAGUCUGUCGAUGAGUCGAGUGAGGGCAAGGCUGAAAAGAGGGAGGAAGAAGAAUACGAAGAGAAGAGAACAAAUCUGGAGGAGGAUUCAGAGGAGGAAGACAUGAUGAAGCAUAAGAAAGGUGCUGGAUCUGGUGAAAAGAGAGAUGCACCCAGAAUCAAAUCAAAAGAGAAAAAGUAUGAUGAAGAAGAUGAAUGGGAGGAAGACAAGAGAUCUGCAUUUUCCUCACAUGGGCCUAAACAAGAGGAGGAACAGGAGGGGGAGGAGGAUGAAGGGGAAAUGAAUGAAGGGGAGAUGAAGAGGGAGAGUAGCCUAAAGCGAUGGACCAAGAGGGGCAAGGCUUUGUCAAUGAAGAAGAAAGCAGUUGGAAAGGAGCUCGACAGUGAGCAGGAAGUGCCACAUCACUCGCAAGAGGUCACGGACGAAGAGGAGGAGGAGGAGGAGGAGAAGAAGAAGAAGAAGAAAAGAAACGCGCAGAGGAGUCCAGAGGAGAAGGAGCUGCAGAUGAUCGCCAGAAGGGGACCUGAGGAGAGGAGGGGGUCGGAGGAAGAGGGGAGCGCCAGCCGGAAGUCAGAGGAGCCAGAGAUUGAAAGCCUGGCAGCCAUCGAGUCAGAGCUCGAAAACGUUGCCCAGAAACUCCAUGAGAUGCGGCGAGGCUGAGAAAGAGUUGACACCGCAACCUCCUCUGCCUCCUCGUCCUCCUCCGCUUUACCAGCUGCCUGGUUUACACAGAUAGAGCGUUUGAAUAUGUGACAAGAUUUUAAUCUUUCGCUAUUUUUCCGGAGGAUGCCCACUUGCGCCACACUGCUGCAGUCUCCCUUGUGACAUCCUGUCCCUCACAUAGAUAAGCAUACAGUAGAUGCAAACUGCAGCUAGACAUGCAUAGUAAAAACAAACAAAUGCACAAGUUCUCUGCGUUCGAAGACAUGCAGAUAAUAUUCAGAACACACCGUAAGGCUCCUGAAGGAAAGAUCUUUCUGUCAGUAAAGUUGACAACUUGUUUUAUUUAAUUUUCUUUGACAAUCAUCUCUUUCUGCAAAUGUAUCUUGCCUGCUUUUCAAAUUAUUUUAACACUGCACAUUGAUUUAUGUUGAGGCAGAUGCAGAUAAACACGCACCAACAAGGUGAGUUUGUACAGUAACGGCAUGUAUACAUGUACAAAGCUCUUUCGGGGAUGCUUACUUACUCACGGGGAAGAGGAAGAAGAAGACGUAGAUGCUUACUUAUCAUAGAUACAGUUUACUCCAAUCAAGCCGAGGCAAUAAGUGAACAUUUUUAGCAGAUUAUUGAAUUACAUUCAUUUAUGUAAGAAAACCAAUAAAUUAAAUCAUUUAAAUGGGAAGCUGUUUUGGUGAAUCAUUUUAAAAAUCAAAUGAAUAUUUGCAUAAAAUAAUGAAUGCAAUAAACUCAACGUACUAACACA